AUGUUAGAAAUAAUUGAAGUGGUAAAUCAAAUAAAGAAUAAAUUGAGUCUUAAAAAUGUAAUAAUUAAUUUUAAGAUAAAAAGGAGAGUGAUUUAAUAAUAUAAUCAUUUAUAUUGGGAGUAUUGUAAGGGAAGAGCAAAAAUCCAAAUAAUUAAGAUUUAUUAGAAUAAAAUUUAGAAAUCAUUAUGAGUUUAAAUAUGCUAAUAGACAUCAAUUUAUAUAAUCCAUAAAGAGUUCAAAAGUUAUAUAAUGAUGCUCUAUAAGGAUCUAAAGAUGUAUUGCAUUAUAUUUAAAUUUAAGUUAAAUCAACUUUCAAUUUAAUUAGAGAAAGAAGUGUUUGAAAUAAAUGAAUAUCAAUAAGAGAAUAUAAGUUUCAUCUAAAAAGUACCAGAAUAAAAAUAAAGUAAUAUAUAGUCAAGAUUAGUAAAAUCUUAAUAGAAUUAAUAAUAAGGAUAAUAAAAAUAUUAAUAAUUAGAUGUUUACUAUUUAGAUUCUUAGUUUCUAUAACCAUAGUAAUAAUAAAUAAAUUAUGACAAUUUUUAAAAUGCCUCGAUGAUAUAUAAUUAAUUACGAUAGAAUAAAUCAAAUGAUGAAUCAAAAAGUAUAGAAUUGGCAAUGUAAUUGUAAAGAUAGUAAUUGAUUAUUUUAUAUUAUGAUAGAUUUGAAAAAGAGGUGGAUGAAGAUAAAACGAAUUAAAUUGAAUGUUAAAUUUGUCUUGAGAAUAUACCAUUUAUUGAGAUGGCAACUUUAUAUUGUUCACACAUAUUUCAUUAAAAAUGUUUAAAUUAACAUUGCACUAAUUAAAUAUAAAGCAGAUAAUUUCCAAUUUUAUGUCCUUCUGGAUGUAAGAAUAACAUAAUAUAUACUGAUUUAAUAGAAGUAUUAGAUGAUCGUUAGUUAUUAGAAUUUUAAUAAUUAACAUUUAAAGCUUAUGUUGAAAGUCACGGAGAAGAUGUAUAUAAUUAUAUUAAUAAACAGUAUUCUUGGUGUCCAACUCCAGAUUGUUAAUAUGUUUUUAUUGCAGGAGAUAAUUCUUAAUUGAAUUGUCCAGUUUGUAAGAAAUCAUAUUGUUUGUAAUGUAAAAUUGAAUAUCAUAAUGGAUUUUCUUGUAAAGAAUAUUAAGAUAAAAAAAAAAUGGAAUCUAAUUUAAAGAAAGAGAAAUUUUUAGAUGAUAAAUUUUUUAGUUUUAUUAAAGGUUCUAAAUUUAAAUAAUGUCCUAAAUGUAAAAUGUGGGUUGAAAAGAGUGAAGGUUGUAAUCAUAUGACUUGUAGAUGUAAAUUUCAAUUUUGUUAUGUUUGUGGAGGAGUAUAUGAGAAAUGUGAAUGUGUGAAAUAAGCUCAUGCUAAUUGGCCUUCACCUUUUAGAAGAAAUAGAAGAUGAU